AUGUUGUUUGGCAGGCUUCAAACCUCCCCCCCUACCCUUCUUUUGCUGUUCCUCUCCAAACCAUUAUUUUUUAUUUCUUUCCAUUUACUUUCUGUAUGUUUCCCUCUCUUACUAUCAAACACUUUCUCUUUUAUUCUCCUUCCUCUCUUUCUUUAUGUGUUUAGUUUCUUUAUUUUCUCUUCAGGUCAAAAUUGUACAGUACUCAAUAGUCCAGAAGAAGUUUCCUCUGUUUAUAUCUAUUUCUCUUUUUCCUUAAUCGCUUUCUUUUUUUUUUUACUCUAUUUCUCCCAAAUUUAUAUCUUUUCUAUAACUUUUUCUUCACACAUUUUUUUUUGUUUUUAUUUCUUUGAACACAUUUCCCCCCUAUUUCUUUCUCCUUUUCUAUAUAUCUUCAAUCUUUUUCUUCUUUCUUUCUCCUUUUCUAUAUAUCUUCAAUCUUUUUCUUCUUUCUUUCUCCUUUUCUAUAUAUCUUUUUUCUUUCUUUCUCCUUUUCUAUAUAUCUUUCUUUUUUCUAUAUAUCUUCAAUCUUUUUCUUCUUUCUUUCUCCUUUUUCUAUAUAUCUUCUUUCUUCUUUCUUUCUCCUUUUCUAUAUAUAUCUUCUUUCUUUCUCCUUUUCUAUAUAUCUUCAAUCUUCUUUCUUUCUCUAUUUCUAUAUAUCUUCAAUCUUUUUUUCUUUUUCUUUCUCCUUUUCUAUAUAUCUUCAAUCUUCUUUCUUCUUCUUUUCUCCUUUUCUAUAUAUCUUCAAUCUUUUUCUUUUUUUUUCUCCUUUUCUAUAUAUCUUCAAUCUUCAAUCUUCUUUCUUUCUUUCUUUUCUAUAUAUCUUCAAUCUUCUUUCUCCUUUUCUUUAUCUUCAAUCUUCUUUCUUUUCUCCUUUUCUAUAUAUCUUCAAUCUUUUUUUUCUUUCUAUAUAUCUUCAAUCUUCUUUCUUCUUUCUUUCUCCUUUUUCUAUAUAUGUUUCUUUUUCUUUUCUUUAUCUUUUUCUUUCUUUCCUUUUCUAUAUCUUCAAUCUUCUUUCUUCUUUCUUUCUCCUUUUCUAUAUAUCUUUCUUCUUUCUUUUCUCCUUUUUUCUAUAUAUAUAUCUUCAAUCUUCUUUCUUCUUUCUUUUCCUUUAUAUAUAUUCAAUCUUCUUUCUUUCUUUUCUAUAUAUCUUCAAUCUUUCUUCUUUCUUUCUCCUUAUAUAUCAAUCUUCAAUCUUCUUUCUUUCUCCUUUUCUAUAUAUCUUCAAUCUUCUUUCUUUCUCCUUUUCUAUAUAUCUUCAAUUUUCUUUCUUUCUCCUUUUCUAUAUAUCUUCAAUCUUCUUUCUUUCUCCUUUUCUAUAUAUCUUCAAUCUUCUUUCUUUCUCCUUUUCUAUAUAUCUUCAAUCUUCUUUCUUUCUUUUUCUUUCUUUCUUUCUCCUUUUCUAUAUAUCUUCAAUCUUCUUUCUUUCUCUUUUCUAUAUAUUCAAUCUUCUUUCUUUUCCUUUUCUAUAUAUCUUCAAUCUUCUUUCUUUCUCCUUUUCUAUAUAUCCAAUCUUUUUAUUUAUCCUUUUCUAUAUAUCUUCAAUCUUCUUUUCUUUCUUUCUCCUUUUCUAUAUAUCUUCAAUCUUCUUUUCUUUCUUUUUCUAUAUAUAUCUUCAAUCUUUUUCUCCUUUUAUAUAUCUUCAAUCUUCUUUCUUUCUCCUUUUCUAUAUAUCUUCAAUCUUCUUUCUUUCUCCUUUUCUAUCUAUAUAUCUUCAAUCUUCUUUCUUUCUCCCUUUUCUAUAUAUCUUCAAUCUUUUUCUUUCUCCUUUUCUAUAUCUUCUUCUUUCUUUCUCCUUUUCUAUAUAUCUUCAAUCUUCUUUCUUUCUCCUUUUCUAUAUAUCUUCAAUCUUUUUCUUUCUAUAUAUGUUCAAUCUUCUUUCUUUUCCUUUUCUAUAUCUUCAAUCUUCUUUUCUUCUCCUUUUCUAUAUAUCUUCAAUCUUCUUUCUUUUCCUUUUCUAUAUAUGUUUCAAUCUUCUUUUCUUUCUCCUUUUCUAUAUAUCUUCAAUCUUCUUUCUUUCUCCUUUUCUAUAUAUCUUCAAUCUUUUCUUUCUUUUUCUAUAUCUUCCUUUUCUUUUUAUAUAUCUUCAAUCUUCUUUCUUUCUCCUUUUCUAUAUAUCUUCAAUCUUCUUUCUUUUCUCCUUUUCUAUAUAUCUUUCUCCUUUUCUCUUUCUUUCUUUCUUUCUUUUUUCUAUUAUAUUUCAAUCUUCUUUUUUCUCCUUUUCUAUAUAUCUUCAAUCUUUUUCUUUCCUUUUUUAUAUAUCUUCAAUCUUCUUUCUUUUCUCCUUUUCUAUAUAUCUUCAAUCUUCUUUCUUUCUCCUUUUCUAUAUAUCAAUCUUCUUUCUUUCUCCUUUCUUAUAUCUUCAAUCUUCUUUCUUUUCUCCUUUUCUAUAUCUUCAAUCUUCUUUCUUUCUCCUUUUCUAUAUAUCUUCAAUCUUCUUUCUUUCUCCUUUUCUUCAAUCUUCUUUCUUUCUCCUUUUCUAUAUAUCUUCAAUCUUCUUUCUUUCUCCUUUUCUAUAUAUUUCAAUCUUCUUUCUUUCUCCUUUUCUAUAUAUCUUCAAUCUUCUUUCUUUUCUCCUUUUUCUAUAUAUCUUCAAUCUUCUUUCUUUCUCCUUUUCUAUAUAUCUUCAAUCUUCUUUCUUUCUCCUUUUCUAUAUAUUUUCAAUCUUCUUUCUUUCUCCUUUUCUAUAUAUCUUCAAUCUUCUUUCUUUCUCCUUUUUCUAUAUAUCUUCAAUCUUCUUUCUUUCUCCUUUUCUAUAUAUCUUCAUAUCUUCAAUCUUUUUCUUUCUCCUUUUCUAUAUAUCUUCAAUCUUCUUUUUCUUUCUCCUUUUCUAUAUAUCUUCUUCUUCUUUCUUUCUCCCUUUUCUAUAUAUUUUCUUCUUUCUUUCUAUUUAUCUUCAAUCUUCUUUCUUUCUCCUUUUCUAUAUAUCUUCAAUCUUCUUUCUUUCUCCUUUUCUAUAUAUCUUCAAUCUUCUUUCUUUCUCCUUUUCUAUAUAUCUUCAAUCUUCUUUCUUUCUCCUUUUCUAUAUAUCUUCAAUCUUCUUUCUUUCUCCUUUUCUAUAUAAUCUUCUUUCUUUCUCCUUUUCUAUAA